CAUGAUGGUAUUUCGCUGAUAUCUGCUGCACAGAUGAGUUAAACAUUGUAAUUUGAAAUUACAAAUUGUUGUUUCAUUUUAGUGACCGAAAUAUUAUACAAUGACACCAACCUGGAAAGUAACAUUUAUUGUUGAGCGUUCCCGGAAAUCCCUGUAUUUACAAACACACUUAGCUAGCGCUGCUGUGUAAGUAUCAAACAGGAAGCUAAUGACCGGAGCUAAGAAGAUAUUACCUGACGGCGUAAAGACGCUUUAAAUCGAUUUCCUGCCAAAGUAGUCGAGACUGUGAAGUAGGUCAGACAUGUUUGCGACUACUACGACUAGUAACAACCGCCGUGACGGCACUGAAAGUGAUGCAAAGCAGGUUCAGACCACCGCAACAACGGAAUACUGCGCAAAGUUGCAGCAGUGGAUGUGGCAGUAUUACUGGGGGUAUGCUAACUGGCAGAGCUGGGUGGCUCUCUCAGCCUUCCCUCCUCCGUGCUGUUUCCCUCCGCCGGGGACAAGCGCUCAGUCACCGGGUACACAUGCAUCGACCUCCGGCGGUGGGCAGCAGGGUUUUGACACGCUAAACCGGUACAGUUACCCCUAUCCACUCAGUUUCCCUGCAUCCUACCCUCAUUCGGGUGGUGCCCACACGGAUCAGACCUCAGCGACUGAUGCCCGGCCAGCCCAGCAGCAGAAUGGGAAUCCACCUCAGGCGGGACGGGAGUACAUCAUCCCUUCUCCUCUCCAGAGGUUCCUCGCUGAGACAGUGGACUUCUUCAUCCUGUUUUGUGUGAAGGCCACCAUCGUGCUGUGGAUCAUGCAUCUGAGUGGUAUGAAGGACAUUGCCAAAUUCAUUACGCACUUCAUUGUGGAGGAGAUAGAUGAGAACACGUCCAUGGAGGACCUGCAGAAGAUGAUGGCCGUAGCGCUGGUCUACAGGGUGCUAGUGUGCAUCUAUGAAACCAUCUGUAUUUGGGGUGCUGGUGGUGCCACACCAGGGAAAUUCCUGUUCGGCCUCCGGGUGGUGACGUGUGACACAUCUACUUUGGUCCGACCCAACCGAGUCCUUGUCGUCCCAGCAGCUAAUGUUUCCCUCUCUGCCUCUGCAGUGCGGGCACUUAAUAAGAACUUCUCCAUUGCCUUCCUCUUUCCUGUCUUCAUCACUCUCCUCUUCUUCCAGCACAACAGGACUGUGUAUGACAUUGUGGCAGGGACCAUUGUGGUCCAGCGCAGAGGGGGCAGAUAGCCUCUCCUCAGGCGGCAGACUCUCUUAUACUUGAUGUGAUGGCAAAGCGCUACAGGCCCAAGUGUGCCGAGUGUCUUAAAUUUAAACCAGUCACAAAGGAGCUAACAUUGAAUAAAGAAAUGCAUUAGCUCAUUCUUCACUGGAUCAAACAAGGACUUAAACUUCACUUUAAAAUUGAAUGCAUACAGGUUUAGGCCUGGUCCGUUGGAAUAAAAAAUAAAUCCAGCUUUUAUUAUUAUUUAUUUUAUUAUUAGUUUUUUUUAUACCACGGAAUGAACAAAUACGCCGUCAGAAAACAUAUUAAAGUAUUGUGAUUUUUGAUUAGCGCAACAUAUUUUGAGCUGGAAAGAGUGUUGUCCAUUGUUUCUGGGAUAUCACGAGACUUUUCCUCUUAUGGUGUGAAUCUUAAUGUGUGAGCUAUGUCAGAAAUAUACUGUUUAUCUAUUUUUUGUGUAGCUUAAAGUCCAUAUGUGUAUGACUCAAUUAUUAAUCUUCUUCAGACAAAUGUAUGCCAUCAAAAUAAACUAAAUGCUUUGAUCACAAAAGGGCUUUAAAGCAGGAUUAAGCAUUAUUAGGUUCUAAAUGCAUUCUUUUCAUUUGAGGUAAUAAUAGUGAAUUUAGAUGUUUGGUUUGCUAAUAUUUUUAUGUGUUACAUUGUGAUUAUUCUUAAACACUCAGACUGAAGAAAAAUAAUCCCUGGCUUAUUUGUAUCCAUUCUUUGUGCAUAUGGAUAUUAUUGAUCAAGUAUUGUUUUCUUAUUUUAAAUGUAACAAUUACUUUUAUUCCCUGUUGUCUGAGGUUCAAACACAAGAAAUCCAGUUUGUGAAUUCUCUGCUAAUAUUUUCUUUCUCCAGACUUGUAAUUCUUGUGACUCAGGGCAACUGUUUUGCAUCACAUAACCACUGAUUGUGUGAACUGCACUAGAUUUCUA